UGUAAUUGUGUGGUUUGAUUUUUCUUUUAUAAAAUUUUAUGUGUGUAACUAAUGGCUUCCAUCAAAGAGUUUUUACUUGCAAAUAUAUGUUGACCUAACUAGCGUGUUAUAUUCAAAAAAGAGAAGGCCUAUGUCUAAAUUCUAAUGCAAAGAAAAUUAUACUUCCUCCAACUUGUUAAGGGAUAGUUUUCAAAAAAUGAAUUUCAUACAUUUUUAUUGGGAGGGUCGACGAAAAUAAUAAUUAAGUAUGCAUUCUGUGGUAGGAAGGAGUGAGUUUAUGAUAUAACGUAAUGGAUAUAUUCUUUGCUCACGUUUGAAGUUUGUAUGAGUUAGGAAGUCUAGAAGAUUUAAUUUCUUGAGAAACUACCGCCACAAUAACAACUAAAUAAAUAAAAUAAAAUUCUUUGCUGACCAAAAGUAAUUUCUUUGGUAUAUUCCUUUCUCACAUUUGAAGAUCGCCUUAUAACACUUUAGUCCGAUUCUGUUUGUUGAUCAAUAAUAAAAGUAGCAGUAAUUGAGAGCUGAGAACACAAAAUGCAAGUAUAGAGGAAAAGAAAAACACACAUAGAAUGAGUGAGAAAGGAAGAGAGAUGACAAAGGAGGAAGAGGAGGUGAUUCUUGAUCAUUUCUUGCACGACCAUCCACUUGCUCUAACCGAAACUCGCGUGGAAAGCAUAUGCCACUGCUGUCGGAGGCGCUUCUACGGCGAAGUAGGCUAUAGCUGCAGCAAGAAAUGCGGCAGCGAUUUCGUAAUACACGAAGAAUGUGCAGAAAUGCCGAGAAGCAUCACGCAUCCCACGCACCCUCCCCAACACACGCUUACCCAAACGAAAGAAACGUGGGCGGGGGAAUGCGCGGUCUGUGAGCUGGAUAUGAGGUCAGAGGUGGGCUACCACUGCUCGAGCAGCGGCUGCUACUUCCACAUGCACAUGAGAUGUGCAUCCAGCAUGGGCGUCAUGUGUGUGGCUGGUGAUGAUCAUAGCAUGAGCCACCCGCAGCACCAACUGAGGUCGUGGCGCCGGCCCGGGAGGUCGUGCUCGUUCAGGUGCGACGCGUGCGGGACGAGGCAGCACGGGUCCUCGUACGUGUGCGUCGCUUGCCAGUACUGGAUACACGAGAGCUGCGCGGCCUUGGCCCUCACCGCGCAGUUCCCCCACCACCAGCACCCGCUCUCCCUCGAUUUUCACUUCCCCAUAGAAUAUGUCAUGUUUAACUUCAAAUGUGAUAUAUGUCGUAAGCCGUUGCUGCGGAAACAUUGGGUGUAUCAUUGCAGACUUUGCAGAUAUGUCGUCCAUAUCAAGUGCGCCAUCACUGCAUCCUCAGUACCUCCCAAUACUUUAGAUAACGAGGUGGAUGUAGGUGAAGACGAAGAUGUGAUUCAAUUCCCAAUAAACGACAUAGCUGAGGAGCUGAUCAGACCUUUUGUUAUGAGAGUAGGUGCAGCUCAUGAUGAGGAGGAGGAGAACAUCAAUGCCGGCAAAUACAAAUUUCAUAACCACCAUCAUCAACUUAGUUUAGUCUCAUCAUCAUCAUCUCCUUCUCAUGAUGAUCAUCAAGAAGAAGAAGAAAACAGUAGUGAUGAUGAUGAUUAUAAUCUUAACUAUGGACAAACAUCAAAAUUGGUUUGUGAUGGGUGCACUGCACCCAUAUAUCACGAGAAAAAGAAGUCAUCAUCUUCUUCACACAUUAAUUACUACAGCUGUGUGGAAGGCAAAUACUUUCUUCACUGGGCGUGCUUCCGCUUACCCCUGGAGUUGAGACCUUCUCAACCAUUCCACCGCCAACACAAGAAGCAACUGUUGAGGCUUCAAACUUGUCCCAAACUGGACUGGAUCAAGUGCAGUAUCUGCAAGUUUUAUACAAAUGGACUCUAUUAUUCAUGUGCAGAAUGCGAGUUCAAAGCAGAUAUAAAGUGCUCUUCUCUGCCCAGCACCAUCAAACACGAGGCUCACCCGCAGCGCCACCACUAUCUCAAACUGGUUGACGGAGAGGAUUACAAAGACUCUCUCCACAUCCGCUGCAUCGGCUGCAGCGAAUUUCUCCUACACCCGGGAGCCAUAUUCUACACGUGCCAAAAAUGCGAGUUCAACUUGUGCUGCAGAUGCGUUCUGCUGCCGGGAACAGCCGACACGCGGUGGCUGGACAAGCACGCGCUGCCGCUGGCAUUUGAGGCGGCCGUGAACCACCCUGAGAAAUUCUACUGCGAUGAAUGUGAGAAGGAGAUGAAUCCCAAGUGCUGGAUGUAUCACUGCCGCCACUGUGAUGCCUCUUAUCACCCCAGAUGCCUUCCUACUGUAGCACCCUACUGUAGAGACUUCAAGUAUGGGAGGGAAUUCGCCAUUGCCGCCAUUCACCACCAUCCUCUCACGCUUGAACGUUUCUUCACAAAACUUCGUUGUCACGUUUGUGGUAAUAAAGAGCGAAAUGAUGUUGGAUUUCGAUGUGCAUCGUGCAACUUCUUCGCCUGUGGAUGCGGUGAAUGGUCCAACGAUGAUGUUCUUCCCCUCGAUUGACAAACCUAAACUUCAGAUUCAGAUUCUUACCAAACUUGUACUUGGAAUUGUAAUUAUGUGUCUUAAGUUUUUGCUGUUUUAACUAACUUUGUUACAUCAGUUGUUGAGUAAUGUGAUACUCAAUCUGGUGGUGAUAAUUACUCCUGCUGCGCACCAUAUAAAUUAUUGGUUUACUCGUUUCCAUAUUUUCA